AUGGAUAUUGUUGGUAUGGUAACGCGUUUACCGACGCUUGUUUUCGGUGCAUCACGUUGUGAUGAUAGUUUUGCAGAUCGACUUUCAUAUAAAUAUACAGUUUUAAUGCUUGUUCUUUUUGCUAUUAUCGUUACAAAUAAACAAUUUGGUACAAAACAUAUACAAUGUUGGGUUCCUGCACAAUUUACAAAAAACUAUGAGGAAUAUGUUAAUGAUAUAUGUUGGGUAUCAAAUACAUAUUAUAUUCCUCUUGAUCAUAAAGUUCCAAAACUUGAACGUGACCGACGUCAAAAUGAACUGCGUUACUAUCAAUGGAUACCAUUUAUAUUACUUCUGCAAGCUUUUUGUUUUUAUUUUCCACAUAUUGUUUGGCGUUCAUUAUCACGUCGUAGUGGUAUUGAUGUUCGUGAUAUAGUCGAUGCAGCUAUAAAUUAUAAAUCUGUUGAUACAGCAACAAAAGAUGAUAAGCAUAAAAAUGAAUUAAUGGAAUAUAUUGUUGAAGCUAUCGAUAAAUAUGUUGAUGAUCCUCGACGACAAGCUGAUGAACGUGGUAAAAAUAUGACUGUAAGACGUAUAUUAAUGACAAUAUGUAUAUUUAUGGGUAAAUAUUUGGGUAAUUAUUUAAUUAUCGUAUAUUUUACAACGAAAGCAUUAUUUAUAACAAAUGCUGUAUGUCAAAUAUUUCUCUUAAAUUUAUUUUUGGGACAAGAAUUUCAUUUAUUUGGUAUACAAGUACUUCAACGAAUUUUACAAGGACGAGGUUGGGAUACACAAUCGAUAUAUUUUCCGAAGGUAACAUUAUGUGAUUUUCAAAUCAGGGAAGCUCUUCAUCCAAGAGAUUCACAUCGAUAUACCGUACAAUGUGUUCUUCCAUUGAAUUUAUUCUCUCAACAAAUAUUUACAUUCAUUUGGUUUUGGUAUAUGAUGGUUUUUAUAGUCUCAAUAUUUGAUGUUAUUGUUUGGGUAACACGUUUCUUUCCCGAUAAACAAUAUAAUUAUAUAAAACGACGUUUACAAUUAAUGAAACGUGAUACUGAUUUUAAUUCUCAACCAGCUGAAUUUGUUAAAUCAUGGUACAGAGAAUUUAUAUUUGGUUAUCUUGAACCAGAUGGAAUAUUUAUGCUUCGAUUAUUAUCAUCAAAUACAAGUGAUUUCGUUUGUACUGAAGUUAUUAAUCAAUUAUGGCAUGCUUUUUAUACGAAAGAUUUACAAAAAUUAAAACGUAAACGAAGACAGGAAUUAGGUGGUGAUCCAGUUGAACCAGUAUUACAACGACAAAUGUCAGAUCCAGGCGAUUUAUCAGGAGAUUAUGAUUUGAUUCGACGCCGAACUUCAAGUUUUGCACCAGCAACAUCACCAACAGAAAAAACAAAUAAUGGUUAUGGUUUAUUAAUUGCAGGAAAACCAUCUUCUCUUACACCUCUAGUCGAAGGCGAUGUAUAA